GGCCCGUGUGGGUGUCUCCGCCCCGCCCGCCGCCCCCAGCCCCGGCCCAUCCCUGUGUCUGCCUCUCGCGUGUCCUCUAGCAUUGUUAUUUCUCGGUCUUUGCUCCGCUGCCGAUGUUUGGGGGAGAUGACCUCUCGCCGUCCGUGGUCCUCCACGCCCAGUCCUCCGGGAGGCCCAGAAUUCCGGGACCCCCAGCCCCCGCCGCAUAUUCUUGGGAACCAGGUCUUCCCCAGCAGAAUCUAGGAGAUGGUACCGUUCGCUUGGGCCCCUCGUCCCCCUCCUCCCCGACUGGGUUUCGUUGGAAGGAAUUAUGCAAAUCCUGCUUUCUGGUGUCCAUUCAGCGGCAAUUUCAUGCGGGUUUGAAAGUAUUCUUGAGGGGCUCUUUGGAACUUCGUUAUUAAAAGAUCUCAGUUUAUUUAAAGAGUGUGAUCCUGAAAGCAUUUCUGAUUGGACUUUCGAUGAAAAUUGUCUAUUCUGUUGCUUGAGAAGAGAUAAAGUAAAGGGACACUUAGUUGGUCUGGAUGAACCAGUUUCGGGAGCUGGUCAAGAAGCUCUGCUUAAACAAGAGCAAGCAAAAAUCAUCCGAUUCGAGAGACAAGCAGAAGAGUUCCUCAAUGCAGUCUUUUAUAGAAAAGAAAGUCCCUGGGUCUCCGACCCCAAUAUUCCCCUAGUGGCCCGUGAGAUCAUGCAGCGAAUGAUCCAACAAUUUGCUGCUGAAUAUACCUCAAAAAAUAGCUCUACUCAGGACCCCAGCCAGCCCAAUAGCACAAAGAACCAAAGCCUGCCGAAAGCAUCUCCAGUCACCACCUCUCCCACGGCUGCAACUACUCAGAACCCUGUGCUCAGCAAACUUCUCAUGGCUGACCAAGACUCACCUCUGGACCUUACUGUCAGAAAGUCUCAGUCAGAACCUAGCGAACAAGACGGUGUACUUGAUCUAUCCACUAAAAAAAGUCCGUGUGCUGGGAGCACUUCCCUGAGCCAUUCUGCUGGCUGCUCCACUACUCAAGGGAACGGUGAGAACUCAACAGAGACAAUAGCAGUAAAUUCUAACCAUCAGUCGAAGUCCCCACUGGAGAACUUUAUGGUCAAGCUGUGCACUCAUCAUCAGAAGCAAUUAAUUCGUGUUCUGAACGACUUGUACGCUGAAUCUCAGCCAGGCGCCGAAGACCUGCAGCCCUCCGACUCAGCAACAAUGGAUGCGUCCAUGUGCAGUGCUGCCUGUGCCCAGCUAAGCACCAUACAAAAAGAUGCCGUAUGUGUUGAAACGAAGUCCUUUGCUUCUAUAGAUUCUUCUGUAGACUCAUCAGGCUCUCACAGCCCUCUCCUCUUGAAAGAACAGCCCCUGAAGGAGCCCUCUCCUCCUGGGACAAGCCCUGUAGAUGGAAGAAAGAAUACCUUGACUCUUGUCCAGACAGAUGCCUCUGAACUUGCAACCACUAAACCCAGCUCUGGCAGUUCAAUGGCGAGUUCCACGUCAGGUUACCUCACUGCAUGUACUUCUUCCUCAUUAAACUCCCUCCAUAUCUCCAAAAGCUCGGAAGGACAAACCACUGGACAGGAGCAAGACUCAAAUGUGAAAAUAUGCAGCGAUGGCCAAGACCAUAUGCAGAGUUCAGCUUUAGUAAAAAGUUUAAAUGCAGUAAAAGUGGCAGCUGAGCAUAGUGAGGAGGGCAAUAGCAAUGUUGUUUCUCAAAGAAAUUCAUGCAAAGCCUUAUCUGAAGAGGCUUGGGACUCAGGUUUGAUGGGGAAUUCUCCUGGAACUGCUGACAAAGAGAAUGCUUUACAGUGUAGCUCAAAAACACCUUCACACCAGGACUCAGAAGCAGAUGAACAUGAUGAAAGGCCAAAGCAAGAGAACCAUCUUCACUCACUAGGAAGGAAUAAGAUUAGUUACCAUUUACAUCCCAGUGAGAAGGGCCAGUUUGACCAUUCCAAAGAUGGUUGGUUAAGCCCCAUGCCAGCUGGGCACAGAGCAUCUAAUGGGCAUUCUCGAGCCAAGAUGAUGUCAGCCUCCAUCAAGACAGCUCGGAAAAGUAAAAGGGCAUCAGGGUUGAGAAUCAAUGAUUAUGAUAAUCAGUGUGAUGUUGUAUAUAUCAGUCAGCCAAUAACAGAAUGCCACUUUGAGAAUCAGAGGUCGGUACUGUCUUCCCGGAAGACGGCCAGGAAGAGUACUCGAGGAUAUUUUUUCAAUGGUGACUGUUGUGAGCUGCCAACUGUUCGCACACUGGCCAGAAAUGUACACUCCCAGGAAAAAGCAAGCUGCUCACGGCUGGCAUCUGAGGCGGUGGUUAUUCCUGCACAGAUCCUUACAACUUCACCCUUUAGACACACAGUAGACAUCCAGCUUCCCAGAGAAGACAGCCCUGAAGAAGCUGGUCAGGAGAUAACCUCCCAGCUGGAGGAAGGAGGCCAGGCUGCUGCAUCUGAAAAGGAGUCUCAAGAGCCAGAGGUUGGCCUGAUAAACAAAGCAGAUCCAAGCUGCUCCCUUGAGUCACAAGAGACCCCAGCUGCCAGCCUGUUGUGUCCUCUCCCUGUUCACCCUGCUGAAGAGGACAGACCAGAAAGCAGCCCCGUGGCUUCAGCUCCCACAGCAAGUAGAGUGUCUUCCCCUAAAGGACACCAACAGCCAGACCCAGUGCUUGAUGUAGAGACGAGUGCAUCGCAAGACUGCCCCUUGAUUCCCAGUACUGACAUCACUGAUAUUUGGAGGGAAGAUAUUUCUAGGCCUCCAUCCCCUGAAGUGGUCAGUGGAGAAGAAAGUCUCCUCAUCUCAGAAAAUCAAAGUGUGCCAGUAGUCUUGGAGCCUACCACAAGUCUGGGGAAGGCCAAGGAUGACCAAAGCAUCAGUCUUGAGGCCAUGAUGGAAGACACUCAGGCAUUGGAUGCCACCCCGUCCCUGAGGGAAGGCAGCAUUUCUGCUAGUGAAGACCUCAGCAGUGAGAUUGAGGACUGUGAGACAACAGGUGGUAAAGAACCAUUAAAGGCAGAGGACAGUGAUGCAAAAUCAUCUUCAGAAAAAGAUACAGGCGAUCUAACCAUUGACUUACCUGAAGAGAAUUUGGGCAAGAAGAAAAAAAAUAAAAAAUUCCCCAAAGCCUCUGACAGGUGCUUAAGGAGCCAGCUUUCUGAUUCUUCCUCUGCUGAAAGGCGCCUCAGAAAUCAGAGUUUAGAUUCUUCUCAUUGUCCUGAGGUCAAGGCUUCUAAAAUUCCUAGUGCAAAACAUGCUAAAAAGGAAGGUCAUGCAGGCAGGACAACACCUGAGGGUGCUCCUGCUGACCAUUCUCAUUCAGCAGCUAGGGAGGACAUUGAAAACUCACUUGCCAGUGAAUGCCCCGCUGAGAGAGGUGCUGAGCAGCAGGAGGGCAAAGGCAGUGGGGUCAUCACCAGACAGACUUUUAAAAACAUGCUGGCAAAAGACACCAACGGAAAAGAAGGAGAGAUUAUGUCCAGCAGGGAUCCCAUAGCCACCACAAGCCAGCCACUGCCUGGAGAGAGACUGGAAAUCUACGUUGAAUCUAAGACAGGGGAAAGGAAUGCUCAUGUUCCCUCUUCAAAUAUUCCUUCUGAGAGGGGCCUGGAAAAGUCAGAGAAGCUAGAACCUACUUGCGCCCAGGACAUGGAGGAGACUAUGAAUGAAGCAGACAGUGAAAACGCCCCAAUUAAAGGUGAUAACAGUGACGCCCUUUCCAGCGCACCUGGUUCAUCCAGUAGUUUAGAUGGUGAUGCUGCUGAGCCACCGAAAUUGGUAGCACGGCCUAAAAGACAGACCUGUUCAACCUACAACCUGAGACACACCCAUUCUCUGAACUCUUGGGAUACUAUGAAAAUGACUUCAGAACAAGAAGCUGCACGAAUAAACCCAAUGCCAAAGGAGAAUGAAGCCACCGAGAAUGGAAAUGCCUCAGAUGAAGAUGACACAGAGACAGUGGUGGAUGACCAGCCCAAGUUUAUGGAGUGGUGUGCUGAGGAGGAAAACCAAGAACUUAUCGCCAACUUCAAUGCCCAGUACAUGAAAGUUCAGAAGGGCUGGAUCCAGUUGGAGAAAGAAGUCCAGGCAACACCAAGAGCAAGGAACAGGUCAGACAAACUAAAGGAGAUUUGGAAGAGCAAGAAAAGAUCACGGAAAUGUAAGGGUUCACUGGAGGUUCAGAAGCUUUCUCCCGUUCAGACGCUGUUUAUGACAAACUUUAAAUUAUCUAACAUUUGUAAAUGGUUCUUAGAGACAACAGAAACCCGCUCACUGGUCAUCGUGAAGAAACUCAAUACUCGACUUCCAGGAGAUGUGCCGCCCGUCAAGCAUCCCCUUCAGAAAUACCCUCCUUCCAGCCAGUAUCCUAGCUCCCUGCAAGCUGAACGCUUGAAAAAACACUUAAAGAAAUUUCCUGGAGCUACUCCUGCUCGGAACAAUUGGAAAACACAGAAGCUCUGGGCCAAACUUCGAGAGAAUCCUGACCAAGUGGAUCCAGAGGACAGCAGUGAUGCCAACCUCAACCCUCAUUCUGAAGAUGGCCCAGAAGAUGUCAAGGAAGAAAGGAACAGCCAUGCUCCAGCAAACCCGCCUACUCCCAUUAGUACCCGGAUCCUUCGAAAAUAUUCCAAUAUUCGAGGAAAACUGAGAGCCCAGCAACGGUUGGUCAGAAAUGAGAAAAUUGAAAGCCCAUUCGGUCCAGCUGUGGAAAGCAAGCAGAGUCGCAAGAGUGUUUGCAUUAACCCGCUGAUGUCCCCCAAGCUUGCCCUGCAAGUGGAUGCAGAUGGGUUUCCCAUGAAGCCCAAGAGCACCGAAGGAAUGAAGGGAAGGAAAGGGAAGCAGGGGUCUGAAAUCUUGCUUAACGCGGAAGCUCGGAAUAAACGUAAGCGAACAGAAGGCGGCAGCGCUCAGGGCAGCAGAGACAGAGGACCUGGAGUGAGAGCCAUCAGAGAGAAGCAUGUUGAUGGAGCCACCAAAACCCCUCCAACCAGGAAGCCAGCUGCAAGGGACAGAGCCAGCCAAGUGCCCAGAAAGGUGUCUUUGAAAGAGAAUAAAGUGAAGAAUUCUAAAGUAUCCCCUGGAAAGAGCUGCCCCUCCUCCAGGAAAGAAAAAGAGAAUACAAGCAGGAGACCUCCGCUGCCCGCUGCCUCGGAAGCACUGAGCAAACUUGCAAAGCAACGGGGGACAGGUGAGUCCUCCUCCAGGCCCCAGAAAGCUGCAAACAGAAAGCAGAGCAGUGGAAAGCCCCGACCCAGAGCCUCAACAAAAAACCCAGAGACCAGAGCAGCCCAGAGAAAGAGAAAGCUGAAGGCAAAGCUUGACUCUGCUACACACAGCAAACGGAGGCGGCUGGAUGCAAAAUGACCAGAGAGCAGCAGCUGAGAGUAAACUAGUUCUAAAGAAGUAACUUUUUAUUUUGCAUUAACUGAAUCUGCUUUUAUAAGCUUAUCAAGCCUUUCAAGUUACAGUCAGUGGAGAACACUCCCCCCCUUUGAGAUGUCAGAAAAUAUGUCUCAGGUGGAGAAGGGGAACUUGCAGAGUCCUUCUCCGAGACUGAGUAAGGGAAGUUAUAUAUUAUAUUGUGAUCGUUCCUUGGGUUUUAAACUUGGAACCACGCAGUUUUUGUUUUAAAAAGUACAGUGCCUUAUUUAUCCUUUUUGUUUUAGAUUUACAAAAGCUAAAAAGCUGAUCUGUGUGAUCAAAGGCUUGUAUUUUAUAUUUGAUGCACACGCACUUGCACUGUAGCCGAGAAGACCACCAUCCUGCACAUGAAAGGAGCUUUCCAACAGCCGCCCUGCAGCUCUGUCCCCGAGCAGGUGUCCCUCCCCACAGACCCUGGCAGUGAACUUCCCCCUCCGUCCUGCUUGUUUCGAUGGGAUAUUUGAAAGCUAAACCAAAUCAUUAUUAUGUUAUAUGGAAAAUGCAGAGAACUUAGAAUUAUUUUAAAAGGUUAAUGUUUCUCCCUUUGAGGGGAAGAAGAUACUACUCAUUGUUGGUCACUCCUUUCACCUUUAAUCAUGGACUCUUAAAUAAUGUGCUCAUGAGACAAAAACACUGUCAUAGGUGUCGUUUCAGUUUAUGAUCUUUAGAAAUUAGUCACCACCCCACAAUAUGUCACUAUCACUUACCAUCCUCUUCAUAUUUGGCUUUUCAAACUGACUAGCACUCUAACGAAGUUGUCAUUGUACUUUUGGGGGAAAAAAUCUGUUGGCUGUAAUUUGUUUAUAUUGAGAAUGGCCGUAUUGUUUUCUUCCCUGCCAGAGUGCUUCCAUAUUCAGAGAAAUCCAAGAUGUAUGUCCAGUGAUACAAGAGUGGAAGGGUAUUUGUGCACCCAGGCUUUGGGGUUUAUUUGCUUGUGGUUAUCAGCCACGCUUGUCUCCUAAUCCCAGUUUUACAGUGCAGUUCUUUUUCCCCCAUGCAGUACACCAGGCUGAGUAAUGAGCACAAGCCAGGUAGUCUGAAAAUGAUGUCGUGUUUCCAUGGGCAUUGCCAGGACCACUUGACACCAAACUGAGCAAGAGCUAAACACACUGAGUCAGGGAAAGGUGGAGGAAGCAGCUACAGCAUCUUGUAGUGCAUUCACACUUUCACCACUCCCAGAUUCGACCUUCAGCCAGUGCAUUCUGGUAACAAUGCACUUGUAGGGAGUAGGUGGCCAUUUUGCCUGAUCAGUGCUGUGUUAGUAGUUAAAUGCUACAGUGUCACUCCUGUCCACAGUGGGUUGUCUCUGCUCUGGCUCAGAAGUGAGAACUGCAGUCCUUGUAAUCGGCUUCAUUUGCUUUUCCUUAUUGAAGCCUAAGACAGGUGUGUUGGCUUUAACUCAGUGCCUGUGACCCUGCUCCAUUGAAAAGCAGUGUGUGUGACAUUUCCAUUGGGCUAUCCUGCAAAAGAGGUUUGGUAGUCAGAGCUUCAACUGGCUUCUUUCACAUGUUCUGUCACCAAAAUAGGCUUAUGUAGACAGCUGCUGCCCUCUUUUUUAUUUAAGAAAAGUUUCCAUUUAGGGUGUUUCAGAUCUCUUUAGAUAAACUCGGACUUUUUUUUUUUUUCAUGCAAAUCAUGAUAAAACAGGCCUUUUCUUCAUUCUGAUAGAGGUUUAUUGUAUAACAUGGAAACAUCGGAUGAUUGGGUAAAACUGAAGAACAGCAUUUCAUUGUGAGAAAUUGAGAAUUAUGUUGACUUGCAUAGAUAGUGAAGCUUGCAAUUUCCAAUGAAGCCCUCAUCUAA